GCUGGAGCCUAUCCUGGCGAAGGCAGGGGACAUCCUGGACAGCAUGGACUGCAGCCGCUGGUCUGAGUUCCCGUCUCCAGAGUCGUGCGUCACCUCCCUGCUGUCAAGUUCGGGUCACCUCAGGAGCAGUCUGCGACCUUCGGAUCAAAACGCAACCUUCACAUACAAGGACAAGCAGUACGACUCCGCCUCCGCCGCGCUGGACGCUUACAUCGCAGACUUUGAGGAGAGCGGUCGGACGGCUGGCCCGCUGCGUCUGCCGCGCGGCCCGCCCCCCACGCCCAGGAGAAAAGGGGGAGCCCCCAGAAACCGAGACGUUCUCAGGGAGCGUCUGACUGACAGAGAGCUGGACUUCCUCCACCUUCCUGUGAGCUCCCUCCAUCACCAUAGCAACCGCCAGAGACUCUCCAUGACAACAGACGAACUGCUGUCCAUGCCAAACGAUGGCUCGAUGCCCGUCACUCACACAUCAGCCUUUAUACAAGGUCUCCUCCCAUCCGGAGCCCCCCAGUCCUGCUGCUUCUCCCCCAGGUCUUCAGACAGAACCGAUGCUGGACCCAGUGGGAGCCGUGCCGCCCCCCACCCCCAGAACCAGCCCUCUGCUCCGCCCAGGCUUCCCAGGUGCAGAGAAAGACCAGAGGUGUUGUCUCUGAAAGCAGCGGAUCACUCCUCACCGUCUGCAGACAGAGCGCCGGUUCCAGAGGCCUCCUCGCUGCUUCACUUCCCUCACUGGUUCACCAGAAACAAAGCCGCCAUGGACUGCUCUGACAUCAGCAGCGUGCCUGACCUCAUGUACCCGGCCUGGCUCCAGCUGUUCGACGGCGCCGACGCUGCUCGGCCCUCAGGGCCAGAGCCCCGCCGUCACCGCGCCGUUCCGUCCCGUGCCGUUUCCAGAACCGGCGCUCCGUCCUGGGUAGCUGAUUUGGAGGAAGACGAUGCUGCUGACCACGCCUCCACGCCGGUGACUACAUCGGACAGCCAGCAGCUGCUGCGACGUCUGCGGCUGCAGCUGGCCGAACAGAUUUCUGCGCUGGCUGCAGACCGGAGCGGCUCUGCCGCCGUGACGGCGCUGCACAAAGAAAACAAGAUGGGCUCUUUGAUCCACAAAGCGGACCGAGUGCUGACCUGGCUGUCCCAGAGCGCCGCGGCGGCAGGAAGUUCUGCCCCCCUCAUCAGCAGUGACGCCGUCUCCAUGGAAGACCCGCCUCCUUUCCCUCUAGGCACCGCAGGUGAGGCGUGCGCCCAGGUGGAGACGGACGGGACCCAUCAGGUUGAUGACUGUGGUUCCCAUGGAAACGGCAUCCAGACGCUUCCUGGACCGGUGGAGGCGUUGAAGCUGAUGCUGUUCAGACUGCAGACUGUGGAGGCGGAGCUGCAGAGACGGGUAGAGACGACAGCGCCCCCCUCCCUCUGUGGGACGCCGCAGACCCCACGAGCUCAGGUUCCUGAGGGUGAAGCCCGGCUCCGGGGCUCACCUGGGAGCCCGUCGCUGCAGAGAGCUCUGCAUCACCUGAACCGCCUGAAGCUGCUGGUGGAAGAGCCCACACGGAAAAACCCAGACCCGGGAGAGGAGAAGGACAAAGACGAAGAUGAGGGACGAUACUCCUCUUCGUCUGCUGACAGACUCUUCAGCUCCCAGCAGCAGCCUUUGUGAAACCGACCAAAGGAGCCGCAUGUGUGGAGUCUGAACGUGGAGGAGGUUCCUGCUGCUCCAACUUCAAGGAAAAGUCCAAACACGUCAACAGCCGGCCGUGACACGGACACGUGUGAGCGGGACUGUCGGCACAGAAACCCGACAUGUUCUGUCACCACAGAGAGAAACACUGAUACUGGAUCAGUGCAGGGACACCGUCUAAGGAAAGGUUCACGCCACGUGACGGCAGUGUGACGUCAUGUUCUCGCUCAGAAGGCGGCCCUGCUGGACCUGGAGGACGAGGCCAAAGCUGCUGCCACGCUUUGGUCUGCUGGAACCUCCGUCCCACCGUCGGCUUUAGCCUCUUUAACUGAUUUUCCAGACAGUUUGGAUCUGAAAACGUUCCUGAUGGUCUUUUCAUUAAAAAAAUAACAUUUGUCGUUUUUCUAGGACAUAUUUUCUGCAGAGUGGCAGGAGUUCAUUAGAAAUUCAUCACUCAGUUGUCAUCAGGACCGUUGGCCAGGAGUAAGCCUGCCCCCACUUCCCAUCAUCCCUUUGUGUCCACUGUCUCCUGCUAGCUUACUGCUAGCCUUGAGCUAACGUUAGCGGAGCAACAGAAAUGGCAGCAGUAUCGUAGCUGUCCAGCCGUCCAGUUUCAGUCCAGAUUCCAGAGACGGGGGCGUGGCCCGCCGACUGUACCACCUAUGUCACGACCACAAGCGUUUUCCAGCAACAUACUUUUUUCUGCUCCUGAUUCAGAACAAUUUAUGAUAAAUAAAGAAAUGCAUUCUAA